UCUCUAGUCUCUGGUCUCUCCACGACCUUUUCCUUUCUGACUUUUCAAACAGGAAGUGAAGUCGACGAGUCACUUGACUUGACUGUGAGCUCACAGGUUUGAUUCCCACUUGUUUUUUGUUGUUGUUUUUUCCAGAAGUUGAGUAUCCACGUCUGAUUGGUUGACCUGUUGGUGAGGUCAGGGGUCGAAGGCCAUGGCGGGCCGACUCCUCCUCUUCAUGUUCUUCUCUGUGACACUCGGCCACGCUCAUUUCCCGUCUGGCCAGCGUCUGAAGCCCCGCCUCCAGAGGGACCGCCGCAACAUCCGGCCGAACAUCAUCCUCAUCCUGACCGACGACCAGGACCAGGAGCUGGGUUCGAUGCAGGCGAUGAAUAAGACUCGCCGCAUCAUGGAGGAGGGCGGGACUUCCUUCUCCAACGCUUUCGUGACCACGCCCAUGUGCUGUCCGUCACGUUCCAGCAUGCUCACUGGGAAGUAAGUCCCUGCAGAC